UGAAACAGACAACCACCAACUAAACAAGACGCCAACGACGACUUUAAAACAGAGAGAGAGAGAGAGGCAACUAGGGGUUUCAAUCUGUGCCUCAGGAGGAGGAGGAGCAGGAGGUCAUUCCAGUCAAUUCAUCGAUUAUCUCCUCAGUCCCCCCAUGUUUGGUAGGAGCAACAACAGUCCUACCGGAAUCGACGGCGCCGGAUUCUGGGGGGCAAUGGUGGCGCCGCCAUCCAGAUCAGCUUUUGCCAUCACGGCGCUGGCUGGAAUCGUCGUCGUUGCGGUGUUUUAUGCUGCCACAAGGUACUAACUUAUAGAAUGGGAGGGGAAUUGCCACUGUCUAACGAUAACCCUAGGCCCUAGCAGAUGUACAAGUAGCUUCUGAUAUUUAUGUUGUAGUUUAUAGGUAAGAAACAAAAAAAAAAAAAAAAAGUUUGAAUAGAUGAGAGCUCUUCGACGAAGUCACACUUCGUCAUCGUCGUCGAAUUCAUCUCCAUCGUCUUCGUCCUCGUCUUCAUCGUCUUCGUGGAUUCAUUUGCGUUCGGUCCUUUUCGUUAUCCAUUCUUCCUCACCAGCUUCUUGUUCAAAAUCUGAUCGUGGCAGGCUCAAAUCACCAUGGUCUCAAAGGAGAAGAAAGCACACACUUUCACCUCAGCAAUGGAGGAGUUUGUUUACACAAGAGGGUAAACUUCGUGAUGGUGGAAUAAAAUUAUUGAAGAAAGUUCGCAGUGGAGGUGUUGAUCCAAGCAUUAGGCCAGAGGUUUGGCCAUUCCUCCUUGGAGUCUAUGACCUGGGUAGUACCAAACAAGAAAGAGAGGUUGUAAAAAUUCAGAAAAGAAAGGAAUACGAGAAUCUUCGAAGACGCUGUCGACAGCUCCUAAAACAUGGCAGUGAGAGCUUCAAGUUGAAUGAAAUUGGUGAAACCAGCUUCAAGGGGGAAAGCAAAAGUAUUGCUCAGGACACAGAUUCUCUUAGUUCUGAAGAUGUGGUUAGCGCCAGGGAGUCCCUUUCUAGCGAGGAAAAGUGCCCAGAUGAGAGCUCUGACCACCCCUCAAGUACUUUGGUGGACGGAGAUGAGAGUUCAAGACAUAUUACAAAUGCUGAUGCCUCCGCACUAAACACCGACUCUUCUGACUCUGACUCUUCUGAGGACCCUGAAGUGAUACAGGCCUACCCUCCAUCAGAAGGCAAACAAGAGGAUGAUCUGGAUGCGCCUUCCAAAGAGAUUACUUCUCCUUCGAGGGCUGAAAAUACUUCUACCUUGAGGGCCACUGCACAGUCAAAACUACACACCAGUGAAAGUUUUGCCACAUGGCAGCGGAUCAUUCGUGUUGAUGCGGUCCGGGCCAAUGCAGAAUGGAUACCGUACUCUCCAUCUCAGGCUUUAGUAUCAGAAGGUAGGGCACGUCGUUCUGCUGAGGCUGUUGGAUUGAAGGAUUAUGAUUACCUAGAACCCUGCAGAAUUUUUCAUGCUGCAAGACUAGUUACUAUUCUUGAAGCCUAUGCGCUGUAUGACCCUGAGAUUGGCUAUUGCCAGGGAAUGAGUGAUCUACUUUCGCCAAUUAUUGCUGUGAUUACAGAGGAUCAUGAGGCUUUCUGGUGUUUCGUUGGUUUCAUGAGGAAGGCUAGGCAUAACUUUAGGCUUGAUGAGGUGGGAAUCAGGAGGCAGCUAAAUAUUGUCUCAAGGAUAAUCAAAUCCAAAGACUCCCACCUCUAUAGGCACUUGGAGAAGCUUCAGGCUGAGGAUUGUUUUUUUGUUUAUAGAAUGGUGGUGGUACUGUUUAGGAGGGAAUUAAGUUUUGAACAAACAAUUUGCCUCUGGGAGGUAAUGUGGGCAGACCAGGCAGCUAUUAGGGCUGGUAUUGGAAAGUCUGCAUGGAGCAAGAUAAGGCAACGAGCCCCACCAACAGAUGAUUUGCUUCUUUAUGCAAUUGCUGCAUCGGUGUUACAAAGGAGGAAAUUGAUUAUAGAAAAGUAUAGUAGCAUGGAUGAGAUUCUGAGAGAGUGCAACAGCAUGGCUGGGCAACUUGAUGUGUGGAAACUCCUUGAUGAUGCUCAUAAUUUGGUGGUUACGGUACACGAGAAGAUAGAGACUUCCUUGUGAUAUGAAUACUGUUUUCUGCGUAUGUCUAUGCUAUUUAUUUGCUUCGAUUCCUUUCCCCAGCCAUAGAUGUGACUGCAUGAUCAUACUUCAAGUCUCUUGGUGCUUCAGGUAUUAUGUAGAUGUAGAUUCUAAAUUAUGCUAAGCACUUACUUUUGAUGUCGAAGAAAAGUGGCUAUAGUACCGUUACCAUUCAAAGAUAAAUUGAUUGCUUUGAAUAUAUGGGUUGUAGUCGCACCAAUUUUUUGUGUUGUGGGUUACAACGGCAUUUAAGAUUAGCAAGGGCAUUGCUGCGAGCCACUGUGCCUUGUGGAAGGGAGGAAUACAAUGUUUCCGUUAUGCCCUGUUUUUUCCCCUCGGAGAUAUGUAACGUACGAUUUGAUUCAAUUGGAAAAUGCUCACUUUUCAGAU